CUGUUCGGUUUUGUCUAUGCCUGCUACGUCAGCAAAGUUUUCAUGGAUGAAGAAGACAGCUUUGAUUUCAUUGGCUCCUAUGAUUCCUAUGGAUAUCAGGCUCCCAUGAAGACCUCACACCUUCAGCUACAGCCACUGUACAAGCCUGGCUAAACCUCUCCAUGAUUCUUCCUUCAUUAUACAUCCUCCAUAGUCAAAUCCCUCCAUAUAUGUCUUCUCUGUCUCAGUUUAGUUUCCUACUAUUAACCCAGAUCAGUGGUCAGAAUGCCUUAAUGCACCAAAACACAGUGGCGCUGUUCAAAGAUAUCUGAACUGGUUGCACACAACAACUAAAUAUUAACAUGACAUCCGUUUUCAUGGACUGGCCAAUUAUCUCAAUAACACCUCUGUGCCAAGAGUACCACAACUGCCUGGAUUCGAAGCACUGAUCAAUGGAGCAUAGUUUAGUUAAAAUGGUUGUCUCUGAACAUGAACACAAACCUCUAAAUUCCAGUAUUGCAGGUUAUAAGAAGAACCACUUGGUAAUGACCACUCUGAUUCGAUUAUUAUGGAGGGGGAAUUUUGAAUUUUUGUUUGUCGUUCUCAGGAUUCAUUUUAUUGUUAAAAGGAUUACUCUACCUAUGAGGGUCAUUAGGGGAUAAUUGCAUGCUUAAAAAGUCCAGCUAUCAUUUUCCAGCUAGCUUCAAAUACAUGUGGGCUCCCUUAUUAAAGCAUUUGAGCAAUAUGCAAAUGGCAGUAACUCCUUUCAACUUUUUAUAUUUAAUCAUUUACUAUAGUAAAGAGAAUGCUCUGCUUUAAUAAAUAAGCCCAGGUAUAAGAAAUAUUUGCUGAUGUGAGAAUUCUGUAAACAAAAAGAAUUAAGUAAAAAAAAAAAAAGUGAAAGGUAUUACCGAUAGCUAAUAACCAGGUGUUAGCUUUUAACCUGCACUAGAAAAAAAAACAUCUUAAUUAUUAUAAGCCACACUUCCAAUGUCAAUAGAAUUCUCUUUUAGUAAUACCCUUAAUAGUUUCUACAUCAUAGAAAAUACGCACUGCAGUCUUGAAAGUGAUUCUGGGUGUUCACAUAUCAUGGAAUACUACAACACUAAAGUCACAUCUGGACGGCACAAAACUGGAGCACUGAAGAUGGCUAUGCCUUCGGGGAGGAAAUUUUGUUCAGCACUGGGCAGCUUUUAUUGGAAUUAUUUUAUGUACUUCCUCUUUUGUUUUUAAAUCACAAUGUGCAAACCUACUAAUGUAUAAUUUGGAUCACAGGUUGAAUAUGUAGCCUUAAUGGUUCUUGUAUAUUUGCAGGUGACAACAUGAAGUCACUCUUGAAACAAUGUCAAAGGAUAUUUCAGGAAACAAUUUCAGUAUUAAAUACAAGCAGACAGCAAUAGCACAUGUUUACACAUUCAGAAUGUUCAUUUCUAUCCAUGUAUUGUUAUUUUGAUAGACAUUAAAUUGUAUGAAGGGGAGAUUAGCAUGGAGUGCUCUGUAGCCAUUAUGUAAUAGUAUGUUACAAGGGAUAGAAAACAAGAACAUCUAGGAACCAGUCAGUACCUAAUUCUAAUUUAUGAGGAUACCAGGCACCAUAUGUCCUGUGCUGUAAGAGGGCACUUUAGUCCAAUGUAGUGGAAAGCCUGAGCUUUUAGCAAGGGAGGUGGAAUAAGCAGAGAUAACAGAGCACAGUAUGGGGUUGUCGAACUGUUCUGGUGGCACAUGAGCAGGUCUGUUUGCACUGGAAGAGAUGUGUCUAAAGCUGUUAUUGCCAGCAAAAGCACAUCUGUUGCAUAUGGGAUAAUGAGUGGUGUUUAAUUUAUAGGAGGAAAGCAGUGUGGACUGCUGGACUACACAGUACCAAGAAACAGUUUCAUGCAGACACGGUGUAGCUGUGAUGAGCACAUAAUGGGGCCCAUUUAGUUUUUUCUGUGCCCUGCGAAGUGUGUGUUGGCCACUCAGAGGCGGCUCUCUAAUUAGGCAAAUUAGGCGGUCGCCUACGGCCUUGUAUUCACAGGAGCCUCACGGCUGCUUAAUUUGCCUUUAAUCAAACACUGAUUAUGGCGCUGGCGGCUCACCCUACCCCUGCUGGGAUCCCGCGUGGCCUCGUCAUGCAGCAUCCGGUCUGGUGGCAGCAGGUGCGGGACAGCAAGGGCCUGAAUUUUUGUGGGGCCUCAUGUCUAAGUUUUGCCUAAGGCCUCAUAAAGCCUAGAGCCGCCUCUUUGGCCACUGAAGGGUACAAAACACUGAGAAUACCCAAUAUCUGUAAUAGAGAAAAGUAAUAACACUCUUGCAUGCAACUGGGGAUGUACAGUAAGUAACUGUGAUGCAUGUGCAGGACAGGCUGGCAGUGUCAGUGUAGAAAAAUUGGGCCUCGAGUUGGAAAAGUGCUCUAGGAGAAGUGUUCUUGUUGCUUACAGCAGCCAAGCAGAUUCCAACUAUUUGUUCGUUUGUAGAAUCUGGUGCAAUAGGCAACAUGUACAAAUGUUUUAUUCCUCAAAGUGAAACUGUGCUUUACCUAUGGAGGUUGACAUCAAAGGAGAAAUUUGGAGUUACUAAAAAAACAAACAUAUGUACUCACUUAAGCAUAGGUGUGAUGCUGCAGCUGUCCCCCGCUGGCUCUAAGCCCAGGAACUGAGCAAUCCCACGAUUGCUGAUUGCUCAGUUCUUGGUCAGCUCUGAGUGGAGAGCAGUAACUGUCAGUCACCACUUUCUGCUCUGCCCCGCCAGUGCUCACUGGAGUGCUGGGCUGUAGAGGGGGGUGGGUGCAGCUGGCUUCGGCUCUCAGCUGCACUAUGAGAGUCAGAGCCAGCUGUCAAAUCAGGCAGCUGGGUUUAUCCCAACAAUAUGGAUGGGAUCCCUCCAGAGCCUGGAGUAGAUCUGUCACGAUCUAAAGCCUACUGUCAGCAGAUUCUGGGUCACAGGAAAGCACAAGUAAGUGCACUCCUGUAACCCAUAAUAUAAGAAUGGCCAAAAAAUCUUUUGCCAUACUUCUCUUUUAAGGCCAGUCCUAACAGCAGCUUAUACACCUCUUCUUAUAGCUCCACUGGCUGCUCAGGGAGCAAAAAGAAACGCUUAGUUCUUCUGGGUUUGGGGAGCAUAUGACGCACUCCCCUUCCUCCCAUGUGACAGUGCUGCUGCUUGGUGACUGGCCACCCACUGUCACAUGUAGGUUUGGAUAAUGUCAUUAGCCUUGUGUAAGCUCUAAGUGAUGAUGUGGAGCUUACAUAGGGCUAUUCCAGUCACAGUGGCAGGAGGGGGAGACAAGUGCAAACUACUGGGAGAGCUGGAUUUAGGGCCCAUUUGUGGUAUGGCAAUAUGCUCAUUAUUAUACAUAAUUUGCGUUACUGUGUGGUACUGUCGUUCAUUUUGAAUACCACUCCAACGCAAUUCAAUGCACUUGUGCUGUAGCAUGCUGCAAUGUACAGCACUGCAUUGUGCUAUUAAAAACAAUGAUUUUUACCACAUAAGGGUGCAUUGGCAGCCCAUUCAUUUUUUUUUCAGCCCAUUCAUUAUUAAUGAGCUGCCUUACCAUAAUAUUCAUUAAUGCACAUCACAACUCCAUAGUUGCCCUACAUAGGCAAAACACAGGUUCAGAUUUAAGGUGGAGUAGGACUAAUUAAAAAAAAAAAAAACUGCAGAAAGAAAAGUGAUGGCUUUUCCACAGCAAGCAAAGAGUUUACAAACUAUUCUUUCUAAUACCGGUUGUAAGUACACAUCUAACUGGUUGCCAGCCGUAACACACAAGCUUUUCUUUCUUCAGUUUUUUAUGAAUCGGCACCACAAAAAACAUCCAUACACAAGCACAAUAAGGUUAUUGUGUUAUGCCAAUGUCUGCACUGUGCCUCUGUAUGUAUGCUGUAAUGUAAAUGUGUGAAAGGGAUGUUUGCGUUAUUUUAGCAUUCGUAUUUGUAAUUGUGACGUAUAGCCAUACCUGCACUUGUUUUUUCUCUCAUGGGCCCAGACGGAGACAGUAUGCAGCAAUAUCAUUGCCCUUACAUUUACAUACAUCUCAUCCUGCAAAGUCACAGUAAUGCUACCUUAUAAACGAAUUGCAGGUCCUUCUGAUUCCCAUGAAGGGAGAAAAACACACCCUGAUCUAGUUUAAGUAUGUAAGGAAUUUCUUUUAUAAUGUACCUCAAAUAAUGUCCAUUUUUGUAUAUUUGAAUUAAAGUGUUUUGAUUCUU